AUGUCCAACCAACUUCGUGGAAAGAAAGGCGUACAUGUCGUCGAUCAUCCCGAUGGCCAUACCAUGAUUGGCGAGUGGGCUAUGGUCGACUAUGCAUCCCGCGAUCUCAAGCUACCUGAUGUGAACAAGGCGCUCAAGGAUGGGACCUUGAAGGAAGGUGAGCCCACCGUCCAGCGAAGCACCUACAGUAAGUUCCCUUCUCGAACAAAAUACUUCCAGCUACUUCAUAUCUCGGCCAUUUGUCUGACAAUACCGACCAUGGUAGUUCUCGACUACGUGUUUCCCGACCUCGGACGUGCCGUCGACCCUGACCAAGUGCGCCCGCAAAUCAAGCACUGGUUCAACAACGUCAUUGAGAAAGCGUACGACGCCAAAGUCGUCGAAGACAAGAUCAAGUCGCGCUACAGCAACGAGCGGGCUGCUCUGGCGCGCGAGAUCGAUAAAUACAAGCAGGCGCGGAAGAGCCUCGAGCGCGAGAGAAGCGAGGUUCUCAAGGACAAGUCUCGCCUGCGCGACAAGGUCGUCAAGGCAGUCAAGGAGGACCGGGUCGUCGACAAGUCUAUCCUCGACGACGAGGAGCUGUGGGAUCACCUGCCAGAGGUCACCAACAGAGUUGAGUGA